UCCUUUUUGUAGGGAUUUUUGUGAAGGAUGGUGAAGGGCUAGGAAGGAUUUAAUAGUUAGAAUCCCUUGUGUAUGCUUUCCUUGGUGCUUUAUGUUCAUUCUUCUUAAAUGCCCAUCAUAACCUUAAGGUAAGUGGAAGUUAACCCAACUUUAUAAAUAAAGAAUCUGAGACUCAGAGAAGUUAAAUGAUUCCAGGAGCUACAUAGAGUGAUGGCAAGCACAAGUUUAAAUCCAUGUCUGACUUCAAGGUCCAUUCUUCUUCCACUGUACACUUAAAUAGAACCCUGCUGGUAGCACUUUCCUUUUAAAAGUUUGGAGUAAUCCACUGUUCCAAUCUAUAUACUAUAGCUAUAUCCACUAUUGUUUUGUGAUGGGUGGAACCAGGGAAAAACUUACUAUUAAACAAGUAUUUAUACACAAAACCUAUAUAAAAAGAUUCUCUCCUCAAAUCAUUUAUUCCAUACUGAGUCAACAUCAGAUGAGUUCCAAAUCAUUCCUGUCUGGUUUUCUACUCUUUUCCUCCAUCCUCCUCCUCUUCCAUUCUUGCUCUCUCCUCAGGAUCUAUUUUGCUUCUGGCUGAUAAUCACUUGGUUCUGUCUUAUUAAUUGGAGGUGGGGGCGAGGAGGAGGGCUUACAGGUUCCCCCUGUCCUUUGCGUAGGAAUAAGAGGUAAGGAGAACAGCCCCUCAUUGUUUAACCUCAAUGAAAAAAUCUGCAAGAUGGUUAAUUGUCUAAUAUUGACUGCACUGUCAUAGGUGUCCCGUAUUACCUAUCUUCCUAAUUGGCUUUUCUGCACUUUAUAAAAGAAUCCUUUUCUUGUAGAGUGGGUCCAUACAUUAGUGAAUAUCACAGUAAUUGGGGGGGGUGGGCUAUAAAUAUUUGGCCGUUGAGUGCUUGGUAUAUAUGCCAGGCAUUGUACCAAAAAAAAAAAAAAAAAAACUUUGCAAACAUCAUCACUCUGCAAAACCUUGUGAGAGUUUUCCCUUUAUGUGUCUAUUAUCUCCAUUUUUUAAGAAAAGUGGAGGCAAAAAAGUUUACUUACUGAAUGUCACAGAUAAAUGUCAGAGCAAACCGAAGUCUAAAUCCUAAACCAGUACGGUUAACCAUUUCAUCCUUGAGAGAGAAAAAAUGCGUUUUAAUAUAUGAAAGUGUGUUCUGUUUUCUUAUGCAGUUGUAUCCAACAAUCUCAGGCCACUAUGUGUUUUAAGCAUACUAGUGAUCGCCCAUGUAGCUGUUUUCCCAUCUGUGUCCUCUGCUAAAGAAAAAGUGUGGUGGCUGGGGUUUUCAAAAAUCCGCGCCCAGGAAAUGUGGCAAGGUCCCCGGAAGAAAGCGGAAAGCCUGCCGCUGUCCUGCAUCUAGACACUGUUUUUGUGAUGGUUAGGAGAGCAAGUACUGGUGAUACUGUGGACAGAAUACUCCUGAGUCCAACGCAGAGAUUUUGUCAGGGGUGGGGCACGAACCCGGUUGCACCGGGGCUACCCAUUCCCUCCUCCACAUCGGCUCCCCUAGCGUGCGGACUUCCGGGAAGGAAGGGCGUUUCCUGGGAGACAGAUUUGGUGGCACUUGAAGCCACUGCUGCGAAUAAAUUCACCCAGGGAGCAGGGGAAGGGCUGGCAGUUUCCAGUACAGGAUGGUGGUGGCCUGUGUUUCCAGUCAUCUAAGAAGAACAGGAGAUGGUGCUAAGACAUUUAUUAUCCUUCUUUGUCAUUUACUCAGAGGACUUCAUACAGUCAUAGACAAAGAACAGGAUUCUUUGAUUUCCAAAAAUAUUCAAACCCAUAGAAGGCAUUGGAAAAAUUGUUGUCAGUGGAAAUUUAUUUCUCAAGCUCUUCUGACGUUUCAGACACAAAUAUUAGAUUAUAUUAUGGACCACUACUUAAGUAAACACUUUCUGACCAUCUUUUCUUCAUCCACUGAAGAGAGAACAUUGUGUAGGAGCUCUUUAGAGCUGCUCCUAGGAGCAUACUUUUGUGGAAGAGUGGGGAGAAAUAAUCACUACUUUAUUUCACAGUUGAUGUGUAACUACUUUUUCAAGUGUAUGGCUUGUGAAAGUGGGUUUGAAGAAGUAUUUGACUUAGUGGAUGACUAUUUUGUAGAGUUGAAUGUUGGCGUCACUGGCCUUCCUGUCUCAGACUCCAGGAUCAUAGCUGGGCUUGUGCUUCACAGAGACUUUUCUGUAUACUGUCCAGCAGAUGGUGACAUAAGAGUAGUAAUAGUAACAGAAACCAUUCAGCCUCUUUUUUCAGCUUCUCCAUCAGAGUUUAUUCUAAAUUCAGAAACACAGUUUCAGACCUCUCAGUUUUGGAUUAUGGAAAGGACAAAAGCAAUAGUGAAACAUUUACAGAGUCAAAAUGUAAAAUUGCUCCUGUCUAGUGUGAAACAACCGGACUUAGUUACUUAUUAUGCAGGACUGAAUGGCAUAUCAGUGGUAGAGUGUUUAUCACCAGAAGAAGUUUCUCUUAUCCAGAGGGUCAUGGGUCUUUCUCCCUUUAUAUUACCACAGGCUUCUUCACAGUAUGAAAUCUGUAACACGGCUUCGGUGAAAUUUUGUAAGCCUCUUACCUUGAGAUCCAAAAGGUAUGUUCAUCUUGGUUUGAUUAGCACAUGUUCAUUUGUACCACACUGUAUAGUUCUCUGUGGACCAGUGCAGGGUCUUGUCGAACAACAUGAAGGUGCUUUACAUGGAGCAUUUAAAAUGCUUCGACAGCUGUUUAAAGAUCUUGAUCUAAGUUACAUGAUACAAACCAGUGAUGAAAACCAUACAAGUCCUCUUACUUAUAAGGAUAGCAGAGAAAGUAAUCCAUUGCCAGAAAUUGUUAAUGGCUUAAUACAGAGGCCGUAUCAGGGCACAGUUGUAAAGAACAAGGGUAAUCUGGCAAAAACUCAAACAUAUUUAAAAGUAUAUUCAAAUUUGGUAGUUCCGAGUGUAGAAUUAGAAAGCUGUAUUCCAUGUUCCACACCAAAAGUGACACCAACAGAUACAUACCAGACAAAUGAAACACUGAGAUGCUUAGCUCCAACUAAAACCAGGACAAUUGAUGACAAUGAACCAUUUAUUGAGAGUAAUUCUGCUAAUUCAACAGCAGAAAACACUGGAAUAGAAAUUUCCUCUGAAAAUUUACAAGUCACAAAAAUUGCUGGAAAGGGAAACUUGUUGCCAGUGAGAGAGAAGUCACUGGAGAUGUGUACUUCCCAGAGUUACUGCUGCUCCACUCUACCAGCAGGUUGUGUUUUGCCAGUGGGUGGUAAUUUUGAGAUCCUAUUACAUUACUAUCUUCUCAACUAUACCAGAAAAUGUCAGCAGUCAGAACAAUCUGUGGUUAGCAUGAUAAUAGCUAAUGCUCUUUUAGGCAUUCCCCAAGUCCUGUAUAAGUCUAAGAAGGGAACGUACAGCUUUCCACAAAUAUAUAUAAGAACUCUCCACGCACUGCAAACCAGUCAACCCAUUGUGAGCAGUCAGACAGGUUUGGAAUCAGUAGCUGGUAAAUACCAAUUACUAACUUCAGUUCUUCAGUGUUUAACAAAAAUUUUAACCAUUGAUUUAGUAAUCAAUAUUAGGAGACAGCCUCGGGAAAUGUAUGACCAAGAUUCAGAUGAGGAAGUAUAAAAUUGGAAGUUUCUUAUUAACCAAAAUUUUAAUUCAACUCAAGCAAUAAAGAAGGAUGUGACAACUGAUUCUCAAAUCAAUUCAGUCUAGUUAGGAAAACAUCAAAACUUAAAAAGCCUUUAGAAUAAGUACACUAGGAGGCUGGCAGACAUUCAGACACAAAUACUAGAAAAUAUUAUGGAACAAUUUCAAGGAGGAAGCUUUCCACACGGGGAAGCCAAGAUCUGACUGAGUGUGUCUUUCUUCCUCUUACAGGUGCCUCUCUCAGCUCUGUGUUAGUUCGUGUAUAUAUGGGAGGGUGUUUCCUUAUAGCACCUUUUUGCUUUACUGUAUUUUCUUUCACUCUCUUCAUCUGUCCUCACCUUUCCGUAUUUACUUAGUUCAUAGAAUCAUUUAAUCUGAGAUUUGGAUGGAGUCGUCAGGUGUCAUCCUAUAUUAAAGGUUUAAAAUACAAAAUUCAGUAUUUGCUUUAUUCAGAAUAAUUUAUUUUCUCUACUCAUAAUUUCUAAAGCAGUGAAUAAAAGUCUUGAUUUUUUUUUCUUCAAGCAUAUAAAUUAGUCUUUACUUUUAAAUAUCCCCUUAUUUAUAUCCAUUUUAUGUGGGAAAGCCUGGAUAUAUUUUUUCACUGUCCAUACAUCACUGAAUAUGUAACAGGCAAUAUGACUUUGUGCACUAUAAACUUAUUUUCAUUUCUGUAGUUAAAAGUUAGUUUCAGAAAGGUUGUAAAAUGCAUUCUGUCAUUUUUUCCUGUUCCCUAAGAACUUGUAAAAAUAAUUGAUGUAUGUGCUGGCUUUUCUUGUAUUUGGUGCAUAGCCAGAGUUCAAGAGUAAUAAAUAGUUUGAAAGUCUGUCCUUCCUUCCUUCCUUCCUUCCUUUUUUUUUUCUUUCUUUCUUUAGUACU